AUGGCCAUGCCAGCCCCCAAUGACCUUCAAGCUCUGCUCGCUGACCUCACCAGUGCCGUCCAAGGCUACUCGACUUCGCCAGAUCUCAAUGGCUACAUGUCGCGGAUCAAUAUUAUUGAAAAGGCAAAGCAGAUCACGCAGUCGCUGAUUCCAGCUGAACAAUUGCCCUACUACCAUGGACUUCACAUGGCUGAAUCGGUCGCUAUUAGGACUUUUAUUAAAUUAAAGGUUCUUGAAGCUAUCCCCGAGACUGGCUCGAUUUCUCUGCAAGAGCUUUCAAGAGCGACUGGUGCACAAGAUUCACUGUUAGAACGAAUGGGUCGUAUUCUGGUCGCGGUAGGAUUUCUGAACCAAACCCGCGACAAUGGUGGUGAUUAUAUGCACACCAAGUACUCGCUUGGCUAUAUCACAUCUCGACCAGGCCCAGCACUCAGCACACCUCCUUACCUAUACACUGGCAGGUACGAUGAGUGGUUUAAGAACAUGUACAACUUUGACGACUACCUCGUAGCCCGCAACCAACUAUCUUCAGCCCACGAGCCUGAUGACCCGCUCAACAACCCUUACACAUGGAGUCACAAGCAAGAUGGGACUCCAGUCUGGGCAAUCAUGGCUCAGGACCCCGAGAAAAUCCAGACGUUUCAAGUCGGCAUGUCCGGAUUGGAUGUUGCCAUCCCGGUAACUGGACACUUUGAUUUCAACCUUCUGAAAAGCACGCCUGCAGACGUCGAGAAAGGAAUUACGGAGUUGGUGGAUGUUGGAGGUGGCGUCGGUGUUUGUUUGAAGCAGAUUACGGAUGCUUAUCCGGCUUUAGACAAGACGAAAUGUGUAUUGCAAGAACGAAAGGAUGUCAUUGAGAUGGCCGAGGCAAAUAACGAGGUCCCGGAAGACUUUGUCAAAAUGGAACACGACUUUCGGACGGAACAGCCCAUCAAAGGAGCAAAAGCAUACUUUUUCCGUAUGAUCAUGCACGAUUACGCCGAUCCAGUUUGCAUCAAUAUACUCUCGCAUAUCUCCCGAGCCAUGUCCCCAGACUCACGCGUUCUGGUCUGCGACAUGGUUCUUCCACAGCGCGCCAACGAAGCAACUUUCGGAGCAGUCGUAAUGGAUCAAGCAGUGAUGACUAUGGGAGGAAAAGAGCGAACCGAGGCAGGAUUCAAGCUGCUAUUUGAGGGUGCUGGGAUAGAGUUGGUUCAGGUAUGGCGAGCGCCUGGAGUUCCAGGAGCUUGUGUCGAGGGAAGAUUGAAGAGGUGA